UAUUUUAACAAAGGAUAUUCCCGCGGAUAUAAAUGGCAUCAUUUUAGAGCAACGUGAUUUAAGUUUAAUGAUUUGUUGUUACAUAGAUAAUAAAUAUUUUAUGGAAUAUGACCACUACGAAUGGAUUUUCAGACUCACAAGAGUCUGAUAUAUUAGGUGAAGAAGAUUACAAAAUAAUUGUGAAGGAUAUUGGAUUUGUACCCUCAUUUUGGUUUCAAAGUAUAACAGAAGAUAAAACGGAAGAAAAAUAUGAUUUAACACAACAAUAUAUAGAAGAAGAAAAACAAAUGAAAGAUGAAGAGGAAGAAGAAUAUUUUCAAGAUCCUUUGGAGAUCAUUGAUCCUCCUAUUCCAGUAAGAGAAGAAUUUCCUGGUCGUCAUAAUUUUCAAGUUUUAUUAGUUAAUCAAGAUUCUAGUAAACAUUGGGUUUAUUCUCAAACAUUAAAAAAAGUGUUUAUUAUUAUGGAAGAAACAUUGCCACUACGUGUUAAGUGGGAACCACCUGAGGAUGGUUUUCUUUUACGUACUGCUAUGGUUUUUAGUUUAGAUCAAUAUGCUAGUGAUCCAGUUAGAAGAUGUCAUAAUCACAUGGCACCAAAUAAUCCAAGUAAUAGAGAUGUGGAUCCCAGAGUAAUUAAACAUGUUGUUAGAUGUACACAUCAUCUUACUAUGUAUGAAGAAAGAAAUGAACAUUUAUCUAUAAUAAUACCUCUUAAUAGACCACAACCUGGAUCACAAUAUGUUCCAGUAUGUUUUAAAUUUUUAUGUAAAAACAGUUGUCCAUCUGGUAUGAAUCGUAGACCAACAGAAUUAAUUUUUACUUUGGAAGAUCGUAAUAAAAGAAUUUUAGGUCGAAGAAGACUUCCUGUUAGAGUUUGUAGUUGUCCCAAAAGAGAUAAAAAGAAAGAAGAAGCUGAAGUGACAGAUGUACAACCUGAUAUAAAAAAAAGAAUGCUUUGUAUGCCAGUUGCAAAGAAAAUAAUGCCUUCCUGUGAUACUCAUGUAUUCAAUGUUCAAUUAAAUAUUGUUGGGAAAGAAAACUAUUUGGCUGUAUUAAAAUAUGCAUAUGAUAUUAUGGCAGGUCAAGCAAUCAAAACUGGACAACUUGAAUUUUUCAAACCAUAUAUGGAUGAUAUAUUACAUAAAACACCAUAAUACAUACUUAUAUGAAUUUUAAGUCUUUCAUAUGCUUUAAAAAUCAAAAAAUUCAUAUAUUAUCUAUUUGUAUAUCUUAUAAUAAUACAUAUUUUAAUAAUUUCAUUUUAUUAAAUUGAUCUUAAUACAAGACUAUAUUAUAUUCUUUUAUUACAUGUAAAUGUUAAUAUUAUUUACAUAAAUAUUCUUAUAUUAACAUUGUGAUAUUAUAUCAAAUUUUUAUACUAAAAUAUAAUGUACUUGUUAAUUUUUAUCAAUAAAAAUGAAUAAUUUUAUUACUUUUUAAAAUUUAUAUAUUUUUUUAUAUUUCUAAUUGUUCAUGUGAGAGACAUUCUAUUAAUUGAAUGUUUAAUGUGUAUAAUAAUAAAGCAUUUGGCAAUGGUGCAGUGUGUUGUGAUGAUAAUACCAAAGGACUUACAAGACUAGCAACAUUUCUGCAUAUUUUUAUUUCAAUACCAUUUUCUCCUUGACCAUACAAAAUCCAUUUCCAUGAUGUUUUUUUUCCUAUAGUACUAGUAAUCCAAACAAUUUCAUUUUCACACU